AUGUUUGCGGUGCUCCUGUCCAAAAACAGGAAUUCUGCACAACAUUUUGGCUCCUACGCCCUACAACACUAUGGGAAACAAGCAAAGAAGCUCAAGGCCUACUCAGACGAAGGUACACAACAGAUUGGAGGUAUCUUCCCGGUUCGGCCUAAACUUAAAACGGCUGCGUGGCUGGACUCUCAAGACCCUUCCUUGGAAGAUUAAAUAUUGGACUCCCCUGAUCCUAUCCUGAGGCAGAAGACCUGUUCUCGACUUCACAGCUGGGGGACCUGGGGGCUCCAGCCAUCAAAGGUGACAUACUAAGCCUCCUGAAACACUUACGCACCUGGUUCCGCACUGACAUUGCGGUUCUUCGUGAAGAAAUCACAGCUGUCACCGACAGGGUGAGGGCCACUGAAGAGGAUGUCUCCUCCAUGACCCAACAUCAGGAAAUAACGGAGCAAAAGCUCCAGCAGCUCCAGUCCUCACAUCAGGCUAUGCAAGUCAGAAUGGACGUGCAAGGCGACGCAGCAACAUCAAAAUCAGAGGCAUUGCUGAAUCAGUCGAUGAUAAAGAGCUACUCCACUUUAUCCAAUGCCUCCUGUCUGCGAUUCUGA